AUGCUUCUCAGUAGAAUUUGCGUUUUCCUUUUGUGCUUUAUUAAUUGUUCCUUUUUCAAAAUUUCUUGGCCACAUUCAAUUUCUGACUUCAGCUUGGAGGGAGAUUAUUUAUUGGGUGGCCUUUUUGCUUUACAUGAAAUUGACCAAGUGACAUCGAUUUUCACCCCAGAGACCACUGAAUGUUUCAGGCACAGUACCUCCACAUCUGGUUAUCAGAUGUUGCAAGUGAUGAGGUUUACUGUUGAGGAGAUUAAUAACUCCACCACUCUUCUGCCCAAUGUUUCUCUGGGCUAUGAAAUUUUUGACCAUUGUUCUAAUACAAAGAAUUUCCUUUCAGUCUUAAGUUUUGUCUCAAAGAAUGGCUCAAUAAAACCCAAAGAAAAGCUCAACAACUAUCAGCCUAAAGUGAUUGCUUUAACAGGGCCAUAUGGAAGCACAAGAACUAUUACUAUUGCACCAUUAAUCACAAUGGGCCUUAUACCAUUGGUGAAUUAUGGAGCUUCUAGCUAUGCAUUAAGCAAUAAAAUUCAGUAUCCUUCCUUUGUAAGAACAGUCCCUAGCAACAAAGACCUUAUAGAGAUGAUUAUUCACAUCAUACGGUGGUUUGGAUGGAACUGGGUUGCCUUUCUUGGUAGCCAAGACAGUUACAGUUCAGAUGGACUAAAACUGUUUAACAAGUAUAUAAGCAAUACUGGCAUUUGUUUGGCCUAUCAAGAGGGUCUGAGCUUAAAUGCAAACUACCGUCAAACGCUUAAAAAGAUUGAUGUGCUCAACAUCAAUGUCAUUGUUGUUUUUGCUGUACCACAAUAUGCAGUCAACAUAAUCAAAACUGCCAUAGCGGAGAAUAUCCGAGAUAAAGUAUGGAUUGCGAGUGAAACUUGGGCUAUGAAUCAACAGCUUCCUAGAGAGCCGGGAAUUGGGAAAAUUGGAACAGUCAUUGGCAUUACGGAGAGAUUGUUGUCAUUACCAGGAUUUGAUAAAUUCAUCUAUAAAGACAGGAGAACAAUUAAUGGAUAUAGCACUGAGAGUAAUGUCCAGAGUAAGAAUAAGACAUGCAAUCAAGUUUGUGAUUACUGCCCACUGUUGACCGCCGAGGAGAUUAUAAACGAGAAUCCCUCAUUCUCCUUCGCCAUCUACGCUGCCAUAUAUACCAUAGCUCAUGCAUUACAUAACGUUCUGCAGUGUGAUAUGAAUGUAUGCCCAAAAAACCCAAAGGCCAAGCCAUACAUGUUUGAGAUGGUGGGCACAUAUGAUACAUAUCCAGAAACUACUUUUACCAUUGACAACUCUCUCUUGCCCUGGCUUAACAAUGAUUCUUUAAAGGUUCCUUUCUCAAACUGCUCUGUUGAGUGUAAGCCGGGAUAUUCAAGGAAACCUGAAGGUUUUCAUAGCUGCUGUUUUACCUGUAAAAAAUGCCCACGUAACAGCUAUGUGGAUUAUUCUCGGGACCCCUAUACCUGUUUUCCAUGUUUAGAGAGCGAAUGGUCUGAUGAGGGCAGCACAGCAUGUAAGACACGUAUUGUUGUCUAUCUUGAGUCUGCAGAAAUUUCCUCCAUCAUUGUCAUGCUUUCUGCCACAUGCCUAAUUAUUCUCCUUAUUGCUAUACUUUGCCUUUUUGCCUACAACUUCAACACACCAGUGGUAAAGUCUGCUGGUGGCAGCAUGUGUCUCCUUAUGUUAAUGUGUUUGAUUAUGUCUAGUAUAAGUGUGUUCUUUUUCUUUGGAAAACCCACAUUUGUAUUUUGCCUCCUGAGAAAUGCCAUAUUUGCAUUUUUCUUCACUAUCUGUAUUUCCUGUUUGACUGUCCGUUCCUUUCAAAUUAUUUGUGUUUUUAAAAUGGCUGCUCAGUUCCCUAAGCUGCACAGCCUUUGGGUAAAGCACAAUGGACAGUGGCUUUUCAUUUCUUAA